UCGUUGGGCAUAUCUCCUCAGUCUGCCCUUCUGUGGAAUGGAAGGGCAGGCUCACUGCUCUGUUCUCUGGCUCAGCCCUGCCUAACUUUCCUUUUCCUGUCCUACGCCCAGCGUGGGUGGCAGGCCCCUUCCUGCCAGCCCUCUGCCCUUUCUCUCUCUGGCUCUGCCCAGCCCCUGCCAAUCUGUGAAACUCCCAGGAGCCUUGGCACCCCUUGAGUCCCCUGGGAGGCUCUGGGCCAAGCUGAGAGUCCAGGGCCCUGGGAGGAGCAGCCAGCGCUAAGGAAUCACAGAAGCCCUUCUGAGGUCUCUGUGCCAGAGACCCCCAGGAAGAGCUCAGCACUAACAGGUGCAGGAGCCCCUCAUGGAGCCCCCAGGCAAGCAGCCCCCGCAGAAGCUCCCUGCAGAACAGUCCCUGCCUGAGGACUCGGGCCUCAAGGUGGCUCCCAACAAGCACACGCUCUACGUGGGCCACCUGAACCCCCAGUUCUCAGAACCAGUGCUCUCCUGCCUGCUGCGAGAUGCCCUGGAGCGGCUGGAGCUGCCAGUGGCGCGGGAGCACAUUGAGGUGGUGAGGCGGCCCCGGAAGGCCUAUGCGCUGGUGCAGGUAGCCGCUCAUGGGGACACCCUGGCCUCCCUCCCCUGGCGCCUGCAAACAGCCUUGCAAGAGCACCAGAUCCUCAAGGAGCUGGUGGCCCGCGGGAAGCAGCUGGUGUUGGGUGAGGACCGGGACCCCACAAACCACAGAGCGCAGGAGGAGGGCAAUGGCCCCAGCUCCGGCCCCAGCUCCGGCCCCAGCUCCGGCCCCAGCGCCGGCCGCAGCCCUAGCCCCAGCCUCCCACCAGUCAACACCCCGCCUGCCCGGGCCCUAGGGCAGCCUGGCUCCCGGCACCCACCCAGCGGCACGCGCUCGGACAGCGCCAUCGUGCACCAGGAGAUCCGGGGCCAGGAGCGGCUCUUCCAGGGCGCCUUCCUCGGCAGCGAGACGCGCAACCUGGAGUUCAAGCGGGGCGGCGGCGAGUACCUGAGCCUGACCUUCAAGCACCACGUGCGGCGCUACGUGUGCGCCUUCCUCAACAGCGAGGGCGGUAGUCUGUUCGUGGGCGUCGAGGACAGCGGCCUGGUGCAGGGCAUCCGCUGUAGCCACCGCGACGAGGACCGCGUGCGCAUCCUGGUGGACUCCAUCCUGCAGGGCUUCAGGCCCCAGGUCUUCCCCGAUGCCUACACGCUCACCUUCAUCCCGGUGGUCAGCACCUCCGCCCCCAACACGCCCCUCAAGGUGAUCCGCCUGAGCGUGCACGGCCCCAAGGACCAGGCCCAGGCGCAGCCGCAACUCUACGAGACAGACCAGGGGGAGGUGUUCCUGCGGCGGGACGGGAGCAUCCAGGGCCCACUGGCCAUCCACGCCAUCCAGGAGUGGUGCACACAGAAGUGGACAGCGGAGCUGAGCAAGCUGGAGGAGAAGGUGAAGGUCUUGACGAUGGAAAAGGAGCAGCUCCAACAGCAGCUCCAGCAGCAUGGGCCCAUCUCCUGCACCUGCUGCGUCCUGUGA